AUGUUCUGGGGAAUCAGCCCAGCGCUAGAUUUACAAUCGGAGUAUUUAAAACAAGGCGAUGAAAGCGUUUACGAGCUUAACUUUCUUGUCAUCGGAGGAUGUGAUGGAAGGCAUCUCAUUAAAACAUUGGCACAGGCCUAUCGGCACACAAGACGGUACAUGAAUUUGUUCGUUAUUGAUGGCUGUCCGGAACUCGUGGCUCGGCAGAUUCUUCUCCUGUCACUUGCACUGGAAAAAACAACGAGAUUCGGUCUCCUUGAAAAAUCGAGGCGGUUCUUGGAAAUUUAUGGGAAUUUACUGUUGAGACCACCAACUUCGAGGUAUUUGAUUGCUAAAGCACAACAACUAGUUAGCAUGAUAACAAACCCUGAUUACAUGAGUUGUCUCCUACCGUGCGUGUCGGUGGACCAAAUGAAGUAUCGCGAGAGAGAUUAUAUGGAGAAUCUUAUGAAUUUUUGGACAACGGGUAACACAAACCAAUUCAAUGCUUGUGAACUUUGGGAACAUCGCCUCAGGCAUACUCUAGGUCUCAGGUAUGACAACCGUAUGGGAGUUUACGACUGGGAUUAUCAUAUGCGCUUAAAGGAAUUGGCGAGUCAGAUAUGCUUUCAAGAGUAUAAACAUUUCAGAGAGCAUGGUGUUGCUUUUACGUGGUUGGAGACUGAGGUUUGUCGUCCAAAUGUAUCUUUGGCUGCCGGAGUUUGUAAAUGUGGGGAUCGCUAUCUUCAUCGAGGAUAUCUAGGCGACCUGGUGACCUCUCCGUACAUAGCUUACGGUCUGGAUUGCGAAGACAAAGAUAUGCUGAAGUCCUCACAUGGCGUCAAUUAUAAACGAGCAACAGAUGUUUCUGAGCGGAACGUCAUGAGGAUGUUAUACGAAAUAGAAAAUCGCAAACCUUUUGACGCUAACUUAAUGAGUUUAGAUACAGAACAGAAUCUGGGAAUGGCUGUGUUAAGUCAAUUCGAUGCUAAGAUAUCCGAAAGUGGUCCUGAAGUCCCACUGCUUCUGCGUGAAGAUCGUGACUCCUACAUAGAACUGGAUUAUGGUAAAGUGCAUUUCCUUUCCCUAUCCGCCCUGGACCAUUAUCCCCAUAAGCCACAGUUUCAGGGUUUGUUCCACGGUGUUUUUGUUGGGCACAACGUUCUGCCGAGAUUGAAGCCUAGCGUUUGGUCGAUGGCUCGUGAUGACGCCGUUGUUAUUAUGGAAACAAGGAAAUAUAUGGCGGAGAUGAAGAGAGAUGAUGUGAAGUCUUACGGAGAACAGAUCCUGCAAGCGGCGACAACUGCUCAAUGUGAAAAGUUACGACCUUUCGAUCCUGAGAAGGAUGAUUUUGCCAAGUUUCUGAUCAGAAGAAAAAGUGAGAGCACUGAUUUGUUGGCUUAA